CUAGUAGGGAUUCUCCAAGGGUAAUACCCCAGAUGGGCACUUCUACCAUUUCUUAGAGGUGAAGUUCAUAUCUCUGUAUGUGUAGAAGUGCCAUUAAUGCUUGAAACUCUUAACUUCUGACAGGAGAUUGCACUCUUUGCCUGAAUUUUCAUCUUCUCAGCUAAGCCUUUGCUGAAAGACAAUGGAUUGGGUCACUCUUGUUCCUGUAGGGUUAUUGUUCAUACUCAUUCUCCUGAUGAUUCUGAAAAGACAACAUGUCUGUAAGAGCCACGCAAGAGAAAACUUCCCCCCGGGACCCACGCCUUUACCCAUCAUUGGAAAUCUGCACAUCAUGGAUCUGAAGAGACCUUACCUGACAAUGCUAGAGCUAUCCAAAACAUAUGGCCCAGUCUUCAGCAUUCAGAUGGGACUAAGGAAGAUGGUGGUGCUAGCAGGAUAUGACGCAGUGAAGGAAGCUCUGGUGAACCAGGCGGAUGCAUUUGCAGGGAGACCUAAAAUACGAGUUGUUGAAGAAGCAGGAAAAGGAAAAGGAGUUAUAUUUUCUGAUGGAGAAAACUGGAAAGUGAUGCGAAGAUUUACUCUUACAACCUUACGAGACUUUGGAAUGGGCAAGAAGGCCAUAGAGGAUCGUGUUGUAGAAGAGUAUGGAUGCCUGGCAGACACCAUUGAGGCACAGAAAGGGAAGCCCCUUGAGAUGACUAUGAUGAUGAAUGCUGCUAUUGGUAAUGUCAUCGUGUCCAUAUUGCUUGGAAAGCGAUAUGACUAUGAAGACCCCACAUUCAAAAGGCUCCUGUCAUUGGUGAACGAAAAUGUCAGGAUUUUUGGAACUCCGUCAGUUUUGAUGUACAACAUGUUCCCAGUCCUUGGAUUCCUCCUGAAGGACCACAAAAUUUUUAUUCAGAAUGUAAAAGAAAUCAAUGCUUUUAUCAAAGUGACUUUCACAGAACAUCUCAAAGCCCUGGACAGAAACGACCAGAGGAGCUUCAUUGACACUUUCCUCAUGAGACAACAAGAGGAGAAUGGAAAGGCCAAUGGAUAUUUCCAUAAUGAAAACUUAACUGGGGUUGUGAGAAAUCUGUUUGUAGCUGGCGUGGAGACCACAUCCAUCACUUUGCGCUGGGGCCUUCUGCUCAUGAUGAAAUAUCCUGAAAUUCAGAAAAAGGUCCAAGAAGAGAUAGAGCGAGUGAUAGGGUCAAACCCCCCACGAAUCGAGCAUCGAAUUCAAAUGCCAUAUACGGAUGCUGUUGUACAUGAAAUUCAAAGGUUUGCUAAUAUCCUGCCGUUGAACUUGCCGCAUGAGACUACUGCAGACGUGACCCUCAAAGGCUAUUUCAUUCCCAAGGGAACCUACAUUGUCCCCUUACUGGCCUCUGUCCUGCAAGACAAAUCCCAGUGGGAGAAACCAGACGUCUUCUACCCUGAGCAUUUCCUGGACUCUGAGGGGAAGUUUGUAAAGAAAGACGCUUUCAUGCCUUUUUCAGCAGGGCGGAGGACCUGUGCUGGAGAGACUCUUGCCAAAAUGGAGCUCUUCCUCUUCUUCACCAGCCUCCUGCAGAGGUUCACCUUCCACCCUCCUCCUGGAGUUUCCAUCUCAGACCUGGACCUCUCUCCCUCCACCAGGAUCGCCAUCACGCCAGUGACUCAUGAGGUCUGCGCAGUGCCACGUUCCUAGGGCUUUUCUUAGUCAUCUGCUUUUCCUGAAACACCCAGAUGAAAUACCUGUGUCUCUAGUCCCACAUGAGAAGUUUGGUACUUCUGAAUCCAGUAGGGCAUUUUUAGCCCAAGCGCACCUUGGCUCAUAGCCGGAGGUGUCUCUCCCACCAUUACAGCAGGCGGCAGUCCUGACUUCCAACCACUCCUUGAAAGGGAAGGUGAUGGUCAUUGUGAAGAUGAAUCCCACGAGGGCGAUAGCAAAGUCCAUUUCAUUCUGUCCUUCCCUACACCUCUGCAUGUUCCCCUCUGUAUUGGGUUUGCGUGUCAAGGUUUUGGUAGCGGGGGGGCUACAGGGGUGGUUUCUGUGAGAAGCUGCUAGAAGCUUCCCCUAUGUCUGAUAGAGCCAAUGCCAGCCGGCUCCAAAACGGACCCACCGCUGGCCGAGGCCGAGCCCAUCAGUGACAGUGGUAGUGCCUCUGGGAUAACAUAUUUAAGAAGGAGGAAAAAACGGCUGGCAAAUGCAGCCGGAAAGAGGAGUGAGAAUAUGUGAGAGGUGAGAGGCUGCAGACACCAAGGUCAGUGAAGAAGGAGGGAGAGGAGGUCCUCCAGGUGCUGGAGCAGCAAUUCCCCUGCAGCUUGUGGUGAAGACCAUGGUGAGGCAGGCUGUCCCUCUUCAGCCCAUGGAGGUCCACAGUGAAGCAGAUACCCACCCGCAGCC